CUGUACAGUCCCCGAGACAGAGACAGUGAGGGAGUGUGAGAGAACAUUUUUAUUUUUAUUUUUAUUUUCUGAGCAGGAGUUUGAGAGUCUGGACUGAGAAUGAAGAUCCUCCUCAUCUUCACCUUCUGCCUGAUGAUCGCUGAUGAUACUGAUGCUGUAACUACAAUAACUGGAUACAGAGGAAGAUCAGUUCAGAUUCAAUGCCCCUAUAAACCUGGAUAUGAAGAGUACAAAAAGUAUCUCUGCAGAGGUGAAUGUCGCAUUUUGGGGGAUAAAGACAUUCUUGUUGAGUCUGGAUCUCCUGCUAAAGAACCCAGAUUCUCUCUGUAUGACGACACAACAGCCAAAAUCUUCACCGUCACCAUCACUGAUCUGAGACCAGAGGAUGAAGGCACUUACUGGUGUGCAAUAGAGCAGCUAUCACUGCUUGAUAUUUACACAGCGCUUCGACUGCUGGUUAAAACAGCUAAUCCAUUAAAUGACGCUAACUCUCCAGUGAGCACUCCCUCAGAUCAGGGUAUAGCAAAGUACGUCAUGAUCAGUACAGGCGCAGUGUUGUUCGCUGUUGGUGUGAUUAUAGCAAUCUACUGCAAAAGAAAGCAUCAAGGUAAAACCCACUUUCAAUGUCUGUCUCUGGUUAAUUUAUGGUGAUGUUUUAAUCUCAUGAUGGGCUGCUUUACUGUCAUUGACAUGUCCU